AUCCAACUUGUGAAGUCAAAAUCUCCUUGCUCAUCUCCUCCUCUCCUCCUCUCCUCUACAUAAAUAAAUAAUUAAAUAACUAAAACCCCAUACCCGCAUUCCUAAACCAAAUAGAUUUACACUUCACUCCUCUCAUUUUUCUAUUUUUUUUCCCUCCCUUCUAUUACGGCCUUUCUCCCUAUCCGUAGCUCAAAUCAAAUAAAGAAUCAAUGGCCGCUUCUCAAGCUAGUCUUCUCCUGCAAAAGCAGCUGAGAGAUCUAUGCAAGAACCCAGUCGACGGAUUCUCUGCUGGUUUGAUUGAUGAAACCAACGUGUUUGAAUGGAGCGUUACAAUUAUAGGCCCCCCCGAUACCUUAUAUGAAGGGGGUUUCUUCAAUGCCAUCAUGAGCUUUCCACAGAAUUAUCCAGUCAGUCCUCCAACUGUCAGGUUUACCUCGGAGGUGUGGCAUCCAAAUGUUUACCCUGAUGGAAAAGUUUGCAUAUCAAUUCUUCAUCCACCUGGUGACGACCCAAAUGGCUAUGAGCUUGCAACUGAGCGCUGGAGUCCAGUUCAUACAGUUGAAAGCAUUGUUUUGAGCAUCAUAUCAAUGCUUUCUAGUCCUAAUGACGAGUCUCCUGCAAAUGUUGAUGCUGCGAAACAAUGGAGAGAGAACAGGGAUGAGUUCAAGAAGAAAGUAAGCCGAUGCGUGAGGAAGUCGCAAGAAAUGAUGUAAUGCUGCAGCGCUUCUGGUGUCUGUAUUCAAGAGAGACAAGCAAUGUACCUUGUAGAAUUCCGUUCACCUUUUGUUCUCAAUCCAUUAUAACCAAACUCUUUGUGCACAUGUUUUGAGUGACAAUCAUCGGUCUUAGAUAUUCAUGUUUUGGUUUAAA